CUUCUUUUCCGGGAAGCUUCUCAACAGUCCCGAGUCAAUUCCACCAUCCAUCACCAUCACCAUGUCCGUCACCACCAAAGCCACCAUCGCGUCCUUCGGCGGCAAGCUGCUGAAGCUGAGCCAUGCGGCCACUUCCACCAAAUGCGAGAUGUCCUUCAACCUUUACCUGCCGCCGCAGGCCUUCCAGAACCCCUCCCAGAAGAUCCCGGUGCUGCUGUACCUGUCCGGUCUGACCUGCACAGCGGACAACUGCUCAGAGAAGGGCUUCUUCCAGCACGGCGCCAGCAAGAAGGGUAUCGCCGUGCUGUACCCGGACACCAGCCCUCGCGGCCUCAACAUCCCCGGCGAAGACGAGGCAUGGGACUUCGGCACAGGCGCCGGCUUCUACAUCGACGCCACCAAAGCCCCCUACAACAACGGCUACAACAUGUACACCUACAUCACAGAGGAGCUGCCGAAGACGGUGUUUCAGGCGUUCCCACAGCUGGAUAGCUCGCGGGUGAGCAUCACGGGCCACAGUAUGGGCGGACACGGGGCCUUGACGCUGUUCCUCCGCAACCCCGGCAAAUACAAGUCCGUGUCGGCGUUCGCGCCGAUCUCGAACCCCGUCAACUGUGCGUGGGGCCAGAAGGCGUUUGGCGGGUAUUUCGGUGAGGAGCAGGUGGAGAAGUGGAAGGAGCAUGAUGCCACGGAGUUGGUGCGGAAGUGGAAGGGUCCGUUGGAUGUGUUGAUUGAUGUGGGUACCGGCGACAACUUUUACAAGCAGGGCCAGUUGCUGCCCGAGAACUUCGAGAAAGCUGCCAAGGAAGCUGGCGUGGAGGGCGUCCGUGUGCGCUAUCAGCCCGAUUACGAUCACAGCUAUUAUACUAUGGCUACGUUCUCGGAUGAUCAUGUCGAGCAUGCGGCUAAGUAUUUGUUUGCUUAGUGGGUUUUCCCUCCUCUCCUUUUUCCUUUUACUGUGGUUGUUUGUCUGGGGUUGUAUAUGGUUGGGAUGGUUGAUGGGAGGAUUUGAGUUUGUUGUGUUAAUGGACUGUUCUGAUAGGUUGAAGUGAUCGUCAGGCGAGGUCGUCUCUUUGAGUAUUGGUUUGGAU